AAACUUCAGUAAACGCCUAUACAGGUAGGGCUGUUCUAUCCAACAAGUCAGUCUUAUACUAGUCAUCUGUAAUUGCUUGUAGCCACCAUGCCUCACCGUCUGGUAAUUGUACGCCAUGGGGAAAGCUCAUGGAAUCAGGAGAACAGAUUCUGUGGAUGGUUCGAUGCCGACCUGAGUGAGAAAGGGGCAGAGGAGGCUCGCAGAGGAGCUCAGGCAAUAAAGGAGGCCGGAAUGGAGUUUGACAUCUGCUACACCUCAGUGCUGAAGAGGGCAGUGCGUACACUAUGGUACAUCUUGGAUGGAAUAGACCAAAUGUGGCUGCCAGUGGUCAGGACCUGGAGACUCAAUGAGCGCCACUAUGGGGGACUGACAGGCCUCAACAAGGCAGAGACGGCGGAGAAACAUGGGGAAGAGCAGGUGAAGAUAUGGAGAAGAUCUUUUGACAUCCCACCACCAGUCAUGGGAGAAGAUCAUUCAUACUAUAAGCUUAUAAGUAAGGACCGUCGGUACAAAGAUCUCACUCAGAAAGAGCUGCCAUCCUGUGAGAGCCUGAAGGACACCAUUGCCCGUGCCCUCCCAUUUUGGAACGAAGUGAUUGCCCCCCAGAUCCUGGCAGGAAAGCGCGUAAUGAUAGCGGCACAUGGAAACAGCUUGAGAGGCAUUGUCAAGCACCUGGAUGGGAUGUCCGAUGCUGCCAUUAUGGAACUCAAUCUACCCACUGGAAUUCCCAUUGUUUAUGAACUAGAUGAUAACCUGAAGCCAAUCAAACCCAUGAGCUUCCUUGGGGAUGAGGAAACUGUACGAAAAGCCAUGGAGGCAGUGGCAGCUCAGGGAAAGGUCAAAAAAUAGAUGGGCAAAUAGGGGUUUGGGUUAUAGAAAGAGAGGAUAAAGGAGAGUAGUAGUAGGACACACAAAAACUUCCUAGUCCCCAUGUUAUUCUUAUAAGCCUGUUUUCAUGCAUGGAAAAUAAGAUUCUGGGAAAUAACAUUGGGACAAAGAGGGGAGAAUGCUCCUCUAGUGUAAGUACAAAUGCUAUAUAUAAUACCCAGUGUCUUAAUACUCACGGGUCACAUUAUGAGCUCACAUACAUGCUGACUUGGUGACCUUGUUAUCAUACAGGUAGUGUGCAUGCACUCCCCAUGAUGUAGUGAUCACACAAGCACACUCACUCACCUUGUGAUGAGAGUAAAUUCACAUUGAUCUGAUCAUAUAUGUACAUGCAGUCAUCCAGUUAUUUUUUUUUUUUGUGAGCAUUUUAAAACGAUUUUAAAUGUUCUUUUCACAGUCACCAAUUUACUAAUUCUGUAUUUUUAUCCAAAAUAAAGAAAUAAAACCAGA